AUGCAGGCACUUCAAGACGCUCAACAGCGAUUUAAUGACCUGGUCAACAAUGACUGGCCCGAACGUGUACCCGUAGACGCCAUGCCGGACUAUAACCCGACGUAUAUGAAGGAAGGGUUUUUACAAAAAAAGGGCCAACGCUUAAAAGGAUGGAAACGACGCUGGUUUGUCUGUGAUGGACGGUCUUUGUCCUAUUAUAUUUCUCGAAAAGACCGCAAACCUAAUGCAGUAAUUCCAUUAGAGGGAUGUACGGUACAAGACGGAGGAUUAAGUGAAACGUGGAAUUCCCCUCGUAUUUACUUGACGGAUCCUGCUUCUGGGAUUAUGUACUGUUUAUCCGCAGAAGAAGGGACAGUUGUGACGCAAUGGUUGGAUGUCCUGCGAGUUGCGGUGACUCGUGUAAACAAUGGGGUGACAUUAAGUGAGACACAUGAAACAGCUGGAACGGGACCAUCUGGACUGGAGAAUCAUAAAGGAAAAGUAGGACAGACGAGACGAAACCAUGGACAACAGAUGUUGACGUCAUCAGAUGAAGAAGAGACUCGAGUUCAUUUUCGACGUGGAACGUCCAUGGGAUCGGUUUCUGCUCCAGCUCCAGCUCAUUUAUUGAAAUCAACAACUUUAUCAUCAUCAGCUCUCGUUGGAUCAAAUGUACCGGUAUCAAAGAAUGCUACAACAAGUGGCGAUAUUAAACGGACGACAGUGGGAAGUAAAAGUUGCAAUGUUACUGUCUCGCCUUCUACGCUGCAGUAUCAGCAUCAUCCUCAUCGUCCUCAUCGUACCAAGACUCAACGUUUGCCAACGACUAUUUCACUGGAAAAUGAGCUUUCACAUGGUUUAGAUGUGCUCGAGGCACUUUUGUCCACUCGCAGCGUCACGGGCUCAUCAUCUUCCAUUUGUAAACACGUUGUGUUUCGGCCGAUAGGUGCAUUGAAUGGGGUGCUACGCAGUAUUGGAACCGAUUUGAGGUCGGGAAAACAAUAUGCACGAGCGAGCGUCGUCCUCCCCGUAUCAUCGGAAGUGGCGGCAAUCUUGCUCGCUGACCAUGCGCGUCGUGCUGAAUGGGACGUUCACUUUCCACAAUCAUCGCACGUAGCCACCUUUGACGACGCGACGGAUCUUGUGCAUUUGUCAAGUGGAAGCUUUGCACAAGUUCAGCGGACAAAACCUUUUGUUGCACCUCAUGUUGCUGCCACGGCGUGUGCCUUAUGUGCUGUAUUUUUCGCGAGUACUGCAUCGUGGGGAGCGUUAUUGACUGCUAUGGUAUACGCAGCCGCUAUUGGCGGUAUUGUAAGCAGCAUUGAUUACAGUGCAUUAACGGCACCCCGUGAUCUCGUGCUUUUGCGUCACAUACGCGAGUCGGCUGUGCCUGAUUCACAGGAUUCAGGCGAGGAAAAGUCGGUGGACGAGAUGGGUCAAUCUGUGGUACUUAUGCUGGAAAAGUGUGUGGCCAACGAGCUAAAACCAGUUAUUCCAGGAACUGUGCGCGCACACAUAGGAUUAAGUGGUUGGUUGCUGGAGCCGGUUGCUUCAGGUCACGCCACACUGGCCACUUAUAUCACCGACUUGGAUAUGCGGGGGUGGUUAUCACCUUUAACGCGGCAAAGUUUCUUGCUCUCGCGCCUGGACUGCGUAUCUGUUCUGAGUGAAUACGUCAAUCAAGCGCAGCUGUGCGGGUCGGAACUUGGGUUUGGUGGUGGUUUGGACGAAGAUGGCACCGGUGAUUACGAAACUGGAAGCGUUGGAUACAAAGACACUAGCGAAGGAAGCUGUCUUGGAGACGUAGCAGACGGCGAGUCAUCUGCAAUAUUUCACCCAAAGACGUAUAUGCGUGGCAUGAUGCCGUUACCCAGCGGCGGUCUAAAGUUGAUUGACAAAGAAAUCGCGAAAAAGCAGGGUGGCGUGGUAAAGGAUGUGAUCAAAUCUGCUGGAGCAAAGAUCCUGGAGGGCAAGUCAGCUGUUAGUCUGUCACUGCCUGUGCGUAUUUUUGAACCUCGUACCAAUCUGGAACGUGUGUGCGAUUUAAUGUUGUAUGCGCCGACGUUUUUGAACGUUGCGUAUGCGGAGAAGGAUGCGAUGGAACGCUUCAAGUACGUCAUAACAUUUGCAGUCGCUGGGUUGCACCACAGUAUUGGACAACUGAAGCCAUUCAAUCCAAUACUGGGUGAGACGUUUCAGUCGACGCUGAAUGAUGGAACUGAUGUAAGUUGUGAACACACGAGCCAUCACCCGCCAAUUAGUAACUUCCAGCUCACUGGUGAGAAGUAUUGCAUCGCUGGAUUUGUACUUUGGCACGCUAGUAUGAGCGUGAAAUCCAACGCUAUGCUCAACACAAACAAGGGACCUGUUCGCGUUACGUUCCCUGACGCUGAAGGUCUUCCUGGAACGACCAUUGAAUAUAACCUGCCGUACUUGCAAAUUGGUGGUCUGCUCUGGGGAGACCGUACGGUUGACAUCAUGGGGAACAUGAUGUUUGAAGACAAGAAGAACCACCUGCAGUGUGAGCUGCGCCUGAAUCCGGAUGCGAAGUCUGGUAUGGGUGGUAUGUUUUCGAGCUCAAAGACACCCACGGACUCAUUUCGCGGGGUGGUCUUGGACACAUCAGUGUCACCUCCGCGAGAAAUAUGUGACGUCUCUGGUUCAUGGCUGCACGACCUCGUCUUUGGUAACAAGACAUACUGGAGCAUCGAGAAGUACCAGAGUGGCUGCAUGAUGCCGUACCCUGAAGAUAAGAUUUUGGCAUCUGACUCCCGACACCGCGAGGAUCUACACUAUCUGGCAGCAGGCGACUUGGAUGAAUCGCAAGAGUGGAAGGUGAAGUUGGAGGUCCUGCAGCGCGCUGACCGCAAGGCGCGCCUGGAUGGCCGACGUCCCAACCACUGGUCUUACCGCAGUUCUCCUGGUCAUUAA